AUAUUAAAAUGCAAAUUCAAGUGUUUAUGGAAUAGUUUGUGAAAAUAUAUGAAACUCUGCUCUUAAAAAGCAAUUUUCUGUGUGUCUGAUGGAAACGAGUGCAUAGAGUGUACUAGAGUUAAAGAAGGAAAUGUUGGGGCGCGGGCAUAAAUGAAUUUUACAAGUACACAGGCUACAGCCGAUGCACUUAACCGGAGCUGAGCUGCAGAGUUUUUGAAAAUUUUCUGAUAAAACAUAUUUGUUUGGUUUUUCCUAUCAAAUUUGAAAAUCUUUUUCAUUUUCCUUUUUUUUGGGGAAAAACAUCAUUUAAAACAAAAAUCACAAGACAACUUAAAAAUUUUGCAUUUUCUUGCCGUUUCUUCCUUUUUCCGCUUCGUUUCGUUUAGUUCAGUUUGGCAUUUAAUUGUUCUCAGUUACAUUUUCCGCGUUUGUGCUGUGUUUCGUGGGUGUUUUUUUUUCUUCAUCUUUAUUUUGUGCAAUAUAGCGUAUUCUUUGUUUUGUGUUCAUAUUUCUCGGCAUGUACGUUGGAAUUGUGUGGCGCUGCAACCGUAGUAGCAGUCGUCGUCGUCGCUGCUUUGUGCCGCCGCAAAACUUAGCCGUUUCAAAGAAAUCAAAACAGAAUAGAAAAAACCAAAGGAACAGAUAAAUCGUGUCCGUUACUUUUGCGGAAUUGUCGCAAAGGCGACAAGUAAAUUUGUCGUCCAAACUCGUUUAAAAAAAAAAAAAAAAAUAAUAAUAAAUAGACAAUUUGUUCUAACAUACAAAGGCAAAAAAAAAAACAAAAAUAUAUAACAAAAGUGAAUUAAAACAAAAUCAAAAUAAAUUUUUUAACACUAAAAUAAAUGUAAAAAAACAACGGCAGAAAGUUUUGAGUAGUGAAAAAGUUGCAAAACAAAUUUACAAAUAAGCAGUCAAACGAACAAUAAUUGCAUAAACGUUGUAAAAUAAAAUCUUUUUAAAAUAAGAAACAACCAAGAAAACAUAAAAUUAACGAAAAACAAGCUUCUAUUGCACGCAGUUCAAUCAAUAUUUGCCAAACAUCGCCACCUUUCAACGUUUUCAGCUGCUUCGUGGUACAAAUAUAUCCGGAAAAUUGUUGAUUGGAGAUUUUACUUGAAAUCGCUAGAAACAUUAAACUUAAAAGACGCAGCAACAACAAAGGCAGCGGUCUUUCAAAGAUCCUCCUAUGUUCCUUCAAACGGGAGGGGGUGGGAAGGGAAUACGCCCAAAUCAACAGCAUCAGCAGCAGCAGCAACAGCAACAGCACCACCAUCACCACCAACAGUCGCAUCAUCAGUCGCACCAUCAGGCUCUCCAUCCACAUCUCCCACAACCACAGCAACAGCAGCAGCAGCAGCAACAACAACAACAACAAAUACAGUCACAGCCGCCUUCCGUGCAUCACGGCCAUCCAGUGUCCCAACAAACCACGCAUUCCCACCACCCUCACCAUCAGCACCAGCCGCAUCCUCAUCAACAACACCAACAACCACAAUCACAACAGCAGCAACAGCAACAACCACAGACCCAACAUCAUCAUCCGCCGCUUGCCUACUACUCGUAUCAAUUAAGUCAAGCUCAGCCGGCGCCGCCCUCUGCCCAACAUCCACAAACCGGAAACAAUGCAGCAGUCUCGGCACACGGCACCCAAAUGGCACCGUCUCCCCCCACACAAGGCAAUGCAGUUGGCGGUGCGACGUCUGUGUCCGCAGCUCAAUCACAUAGUCUGGUGGGGAGCGGUAGUGGAAGUGGUAUGCCCGGCAGCGGCAAUAGUAGCAGCGCCACAAAUAUCGCCCGACAACAACAUGCUGCAGCUGUGGCGGCGGCGGCAGCGGCAGUUGCAGCCAAUACUGGGGCCAAUAUGCAACACUAUACGACUGGGGCGGCGCUUAUGCAGCCACCAUCGGCGACGAAUACGGCGUUCAUGACCACCACCUACCUGCAGCAGUAUCAUCAGCAGCAGUCGGCGGCUGUAAUUGCCGCAGCGGCAGCAGCGGCCCAGUAUAACAAUAACGCUGCAGCAGCCGCAGCUGCAGCCGCGAACAACCACAGCGGUCCGGGCAACACACCAACAGCAACAACGCUGUACCAACAACAACAACAGCAACAUCAUCAAGCACUACAUCAUACACACUACUACCAUGCAGGUGCUGGUGCUGCCCCAACGCCGCCACCACACUUGCAUCCCCAUCACCAUCCGCAACAACAUCAAUUGCGUGGUGUGCUCACAGCUCCGCCGCAUCAGCGCCAACCCCAGACCACUUACCUGGUACCGGCAAAUGCGAUCUUCGCAUUGCCUCCCGGCCCACUAACGGCUGCACCGCGUACAUCAUUGCUCGCAGCUGGUGGUCAUCAACAAGCAGGCAGCGCGAGCGGCGGCAUGCAGGUGACACCUCUGCUGCAGUCGGGUGCACGAGCUACUCCGGGCGGUCCAACGACUUAUAUUACGUCGCCAUUCUGCCAACCACCGUUAUCCUUGGGCGGAGCUGGGCUAACGCCGCCGCAACCCUUGUUGGCAACACCAACCGCUAUUACACCGCAAGCAAUGCAAACAUACGGUCAUUUAACCGGUACAGCCACAUCAAACUCUUCUUCGACGACCUCACUGGUUGCAACUGUAGGCGCUAGCACUGGUGGCGUAAGUAUCAGCACCUCUAGCGGCACUGGGGGGCCGGAAACAGUCAAGCCACGAAGAUAUGCUAUACCCAUUAUAGAUCCGAUUACGCAUGAGAAUAUCUUGGAUCCGAAGCCACAGAAGAAGAGCACCGCAGUUGAGGCCAAACCUUCGGCCAGUGACAUCGGUGCUGGCGCACAAGAUACCGCGGGCGGAAACGAACCCACGGAUAAAUCGAUCACAGUCUCCAUUUCGAAGUCACCGCAGCCGUCGACGCCGAUCGUUCUUUCGGCUACAAAGGAGCAACAAAACGAGAGUGUCACCAUUACCACAGCCAGUGGUGUGGUUCACACUUCGGUGUCGAAGGAGAAAAUUGAUCAGCAAAUGCAGACUGACGCGAUUAGCGACCGUAGCACUAGUCGCUGUGUGACCACUGACGGUAUUCUUUUGGCCGAAGCUUCGCCGCACAUUUCACAAGGUUUCGUUAAUGAUGAAAAUGAAUGCGAUAAUUAUGGGGACGCGAAGACUGCUUGCGACAGCGACUUGAAUACCGAAUGCAAUGAAGCGGUGGCGUAUUUGACUGAGGAUGAGCAACAGCUUAGUGUGGGCGAGGAACAAGUGGAAGGUUUACAAAGCGUGGCUAGCAUACACUGUAUGACCGGCGAUGAAGGCGAGGAGAGCAAUUACGAAGAAGAGUCCACAUCAUUGGUGCUGGAUACUGCAGAAAAUGAACAGGAACAUUCGGAACUCUUAGAUGUCUACGAUGUUUUGCAGCAGCAGCAGCAGCAACAACAACAACAACAAUAUUUAGGCAGCGACGGCAACGUCAAAUGUACUUUGGAACGACAUGAAGAGUAUGACUUGUCGGCGGUGACCUCAGAAACUACACUAAGUGGAGGCGAGGAUGACAACAAAUCAAGUCUGAGCUAUCAGUCAGAGCAGCAGUGCGCAAUGACUGUGACUGUGUUUCCAGCGCCAGCCCCGCAACGCUCCAAGUUCGCGCACAUGCAAAUUGCAGACACGGAUGCCUUUCCUGCCAACGCCAGCGCUGGCGCGGAGCUAAAUAUUGGCACACCUGCCACGCCCUACACAGACGCGUCAAAGAAACAAUUGAAGGUCAGCAAGUCAAAUGCUUCAGCCACGUCUGGCGUAUCCACGAUGAACGCGAGCGCAGCGCCUUCUAGCGGAAACGCGGUGUCAACUACACAGAAACAUACACCGAACACAUCGGGGGCCUCAUCGUCGGCCACAUCAACACCCACACACCUUGCAUAUGCAUCAGCACAUCAUACACAGCGGCAACAGUAUCAGCAGCAACAACAACAACAACAACAACAAGCACCACUACAACACCAUCAAACCCAGCAGCAAAGGAAAGCUGGUGGCGUCACAGUCUCGGUUGGUAGUAGCAGCGGUGGUGGUUGUGGCCGUGGUAGUCCGUCACUGUCGCAGAGCAGCGGAGCUACCGUUAAGACCGUCUUGCAGAAGAAGAGUCGCAAGGCGUCCAAACGCGCCAAGGAAAGCCAAAAGAAGCUCAAUAAGCAAAGUGAAGUUAGCAGCCAACGGAGUAAUGUUGUUGCACUAAGCGGUGGGAACAAUAAUAAUAACAAUAGUGGCGGUGUCGGUGGGGGCAGCAGCGGCGGCAACAAUAAUAGCAAAAGUAUAUUAAACAAUGCCAAUAAUAAUAUUAAUAAUAAUUUAGCAACUAAAAAUAUGUCAACUACUACAACUAUAACGGCUAUAGCGACAACAACAAAUAUGAAAACAACAACCCAACUCCUGACUGAUAUCAAUAAUGCAAAUAGUUCUAGCGAUAGCGGUAAUUUAAGAGAAACUACAACAACAAUAGCAGCGAAUUUACGACAACAACGUAGCGGCAGUAUAACAAAAAGUGAGAGCUUGACUCGUGGCAUGCCAACGAAAACGAACACAAAAAGUGACUCCCUAACGGACAUACAUCAAGCGGUAGGGCGCGCCUCGCCUGCGCUUUCAACUCAAUCACUACAACAACAACAGCCAACUAAACAGGAAGCUGUAGCACUGCUGGAAACACCCGGACAACAAUUGCAAUUCCUCAACAGUUCUUCGUCCGCCUGUGAAGAUGACGAAGAAAUGAGCACACACAUAGGAAUACAGUUGCAGCAGCAACAACAACAAGAUGCCAACAACAUACAAGACAUACAAUUUGGUGAUUUCCCUGAGGAUAAAGAUGAUCAUGGCACACCGUCGCCGCCUACAGUUGCGCCGCAACAGCAACAAAUACAAGAGCCGGGAAACACCAAAACCAGCUCUCCAGAUAAAGUGCAAAAUAAAGCAGGUGCUUCGAAAGACACUGUGGACUGUACUCUGAAUGCCAGCACGAUAACUCUCUCGAAGAGCAGCAGCGUACACGGAGCGCGUGCCGGCCAAAAAAUUACGAGUGCAAGUAAAAAUAACGCAAACAAUGUCAGCAUAAAUGCGCCUGCGAACGUCGCUGUGCCGCCAAAACCACGCCGAUACUCACUGGAAGAAUUGAAGGCCCUCUCCAAGUGCAGCGAGGCGCGCAAGCCGCCAAUGGUGCCAUGUCAACGCGGCGAUUGCAUUUCACAACUAUUCGUUUCGCGUCAGCAACAUCAUCACCUGACACACCACGCCCACAAUAUGUCUUCACUGGCGCUACAUCAACAUCUGCAACAGCAGCAAUAUCAACAUAUGAAUUUCAAUGAAUCCAUGGAAUUGGUCAGCGGCAAGCGUGGACGCAGCGGUCAGACGAAGAAACAUCACGAUCAUCAAUCUGGCGGUGCGGCUUUAAGCGGUGUACUAAGCGUAGCCGCCGUUGGCGGUGGCGUUGUGGGUAUCGGCGGUGGCCUUGGUAAUGUCAGCGGCGUAAUGAGCGCACAACAACAGCGUAAAGUGGACUUUAUACGUGUACAGUUGUCGUUGAAGGAGGAAAUCAAGUUGUCCGAAUGUGAGAACGCCUGGCAGCCUGAAACUCUGCGCAGCAAAUCGAAUAACGUUUCGCCAUCUGGCGCCAAUGAUGACAUCGAUGCGGUGCUGAAAAAGGUGCGUGGCGUACUGAAUAAGCUGACGCCCGACAAUUUUGACGUGCUACUCAAAUCGAUGACCAGCAUCACGAUGAAUACACAAGAGAAAAUGCAACAGGUGAUGCUGUUGAUUUUCGAAAAAACCGUCAGCGAACCUAAUUUCGCACCCACUUAUGCUAAAUUUUGCAAAGUACUUUUCCAAGAAAUCAAGGCUGAGAGCAAGUCUCUCUUCACGAGCUCACUUAUUAACCGGAUCCAGCAUGAAUUCGAGUCAAAUGUGAACAACGCAAAUGCAAAGAAAGUGAAACUGCAACCGUUGGUCGAUAAAUUAGAGAGUUGCGACGAUUCGAAAGAGCGUCUCGAGCUACAGGCCGAAUUGGAGGACCAGGAGUAUCAAUUCCGCCGACGAGCUUGGGGCACCGUGCGCUUUAUCGGCGAAAUGUUUAAGCUGCAGUCACUGACCAAUGACCGUGUAUUCCUAUGUAUUGAAUCUCUGCUGGAGCAUGGAUCCGAAGAGAAGUUGGAGUAUAUGUGUAAGCUACUCACCACUGUUGGGCACCUGUUGGAGUCACCUGAUAACGCGAAUAAUGCACGCAUGGAUAAGAUCUUUCGUCGCAUACAGGAAAUCAUACAUAAAUCGCGUGGCAACAAAUCCGGCGGUGCCUCGUCCAGCCACUUCAAGAUCAGUAGUCGCGUACGUUUCAUGAUGCAGGAUGUUAUGGACCUACGUACACGUACCUGGGAUCAUCCACACACGCAAUCACAACAGCAACAGCAAACUCAGCAGCUGCAACAACAGCAACAGCAAUCGUCUCAACGGCGCGGUGGCAGCGGAGGCAUGCCUUCAAAGCAGGAUGACAAAAUGCAGAGCAGCCUCAGUGGUAGCAUGUAUGAUAAGAGCAAUCGACUGGGUAACUAUGGUGGGGGAGGUAACGUCGGUGGCGGCGGCAAUCAGGGCAAUCAGCGGCACUAUUUUCAGAAAUCUCAAAAAUCACAGCAAUUCAUGCAACAACACGAUCAGCAGAAGCUAAAUAUCGAUUUGAACAAGUUGAAAUUUACCAGCGAUGAGGUCACACAAAAGUUAGGCCCUCAGACCUCAUCAUAUUACCAAUGGCGUUCGUCCGGUCGUUACCCAACGAACGCAACCGUUAGCAGUAAUACUCCUGCGUCGCUAAUCAGCCUGAAUACGGUAAGCAGCAAUGUGAAUGCAUCGAAUAGCAGCGGCUUUAAGCGUCAAUCCUCUGUGCUGGGCCCCACAACCGCAGCCAGCUCCUCGCCGAUGUUUAACAAUCGGUUUCAGGAGCUCGACAGACAAGACAAAAUGUACGACCCAAAUGCGAGUGGUUCAUCGUCGCCACAGGAACAGAAGGAAUGUAGUGACCAACCCGACUUGAAUAAGAGUGAAUGUCAAAAGUGGUUAAAUCAGCUGAUUGAAGAACUCCUAGACGCUGGCUGUAGUCGCAGUAACGGCGCUAACAGCAGCUGGCAACAAGAGGCAGUCAAUGAGUGGUGCAACCUGAAUGCGCGUCAGCAAAAGUCUUUGCUCACUUACGUAAUCAUCGACUAUCUGCACUCGACAGCAGUGAAACGCACGCAACGCAAAGCUUUUGCCGCUGUUUUUGCGCAUUUGAUGCGGGUCAAAGUGUGCGAACCUCAAAUAUUCAAUGAGGUCUACAAGGACCUGGUAGACGAGCUGCUCGACCUACAGAUGGACGUUCCCAACCUCUGGACAUAUAUAUUCGAUUUUGUUGGUCCUCUCCUGCACGAACAACUGUUACAAUUGAAAGACGUUUGGUUGCCGCAGUGGUCGGGCAAUAUAAAUUUCACCAAACGUUUCCUUCACGCUCUCAUCACCUAUUUUACGACUGAGUUCGGUGCCAACUACACGCGUGAGCUGUGGAAUAAAGACUUCAAGCUGGAGCAUGGCCAACAAUUUAUGAGUGAUGAGGCGUGGCGUGAAUUUAUAAACUCAAAUGGAUUUCAGUACAUACACGAUCGUGCGUAUAAGCCACCGCAGCAGACUGCGAAUCAUCCCGCCGCUAUCUUAGAACAAGUGAAACGCAUCGAGUAUUUAUUGAAUGAGGCGAAUGGCUGCGACCAGGUCAUUGACUAUAUAAAUACAAAUGUGUUCAUAAAUACACACUUCAUACGCAGCCUUACUACAUUUCUCUGCUGUGAUUACGAAAAUGUGAUGACGACGACUGAUAGGAGUAGUAGUAGCACGAGCAGAUUACGACAUUUAGACCCAGAACUAUUUCGACGCAAAUGUAUACCAUUAUUAAGACGUUGUCUUGAUGGUAUCGAAGCGCAUGAGGUGGCUUGUCUCGACGCCAUUGUCGAUGCCAUGCAACAAAAUUACGACACACCAACCGCCAAUCAGCUGAUCUGUAGUGUAUUCGAUUUAAUCUACGACAGUGAAGUAAUACCGAAAGACUCCUUCGAUAAGUGGUAUCGAGCAGAGAUGCUAAGUGACAGCAAAGAGACAAAUGCGCCGAAUAGCGGUGAUUUAUACUCAGCGACGUUGACUGGCAAACCUGGCGGAGCUACGGAUAGCGUAGGCGGAGCGCGUUUGAAUGAAGAGCUGCAGGUUUAUAUGGAAAAACUACUUUAGCGCCGUAGGCGCCAAGGACGCUUUGAUAAGUAUAAGCAAAAACAACAAUACAGUAACGGCGGUGGUGUGGGCGGCAAUGGUAAUGUGGGCGUGAACAAGAAACAGCGCAGCCAUCCGACGCUGCUGUUUUAGAGAUGUAAUGAUCAAGAAGAAGCACAUAAGCUAAAGAAAUAAGUAAUAUAAAGUAGAAAAUGAAGGGCUUUGGAUUAGCGAUUGAGUUCAUGAAUUGUCGCCGUCAUCGUAGCAUCUCUUCGCCAGAGGCCCAAACAAAACCCCCCAAAAAAAAAAAAAACAAA